CGCGUACGAAAUAGCAUGAGACGAGAUUGUCGCGGCAAACAUUUCAAUUCCUUCGAUUUUAGGUAAGCGCAAUAAAAAUCGAUAUCCCCGUUGUCCGCAGCCGUGAGAUUAUGCAGUGACCUUUACAUCUCGUUUCCGAAUAUUGUUCAAUCACCGAGAGAAUAAAAUCGUUUGCGCCAAGACGCCUGCCAAGAGGACAGUUAGUUGGCGAGCACAAUAAAUGAAAGAAAUGGCAAGCAAACGAUCAGCAACAACAGAGCUGAAUCAUGACAACUGGAACGAAGAAAAUGAACCAGAGGAGGCAGGGACAUUUGCGAAAGCGUCGAGUGAUAUACUGGAGAAAAGAAUUAUAAAAGCGGCGAAACGUCGUUUGCCGCCAAUGAGGGAUGGAACUGAUUCAAAAAGCGCAUUUGGGACAUUUGCAGGUUUUAAAACUACUCCUGUAACAAACCCUCCUGUUUCAUCUCUAUUUAGUUUUCUAGCUAAUACAAGCGCCACUUCUAGUACGACUUCUGUUGCACCAACAAUGACUGUAAAUACAAGUAGUAAAAAUAUCGCAGCUAAUGGUGCUCCUAAAACUGCUGAAAACGAUGCAAAUAAGACAGAAGGUACUGCUAAAGUGCAAACACUGUCCAGCACACGUUCCAGCAAGAAAGUUUUGACUGGGCAAGAAAAUGAAAAGACAAAGAGUCACUCCUCAGAUUAUUAUGCGAAGCUGAAGGGAUUGAACGAAAGCGUUGCUACGUGGAUAAAAACUCACGUAGAUGAGAAUCCUUUUUGUAUAUUAACACCUAUUUUUAGGGAUUACGAGAAAUAUUUGAAAGAGAUUACAUCGAAAGAAGAGAGCUCUAAACAAACUUCGCAUAUUCCACAUGUGACACAGGUUCGACAAAACGAUAACGAAAAAGAUAAAAAUAUUGAAAAGAAACUUGACAAUUCUUCCUUUGCUAAUUCAAACGCUAAUGCAAAGUCUGCUUCAACAACAGCAACAGAAUGGAAACCCGAGAAGUCGAUAUUGUUUUCUAACAUUGCUGCAUCUACCAAAUUAAUAUUCAGUAAUACAGAACAAAAAACAGAGAAUUCCCCUAAAUCUAUGUUUAGUAAUGUAGACGUAACUGCUGAUAAAAGUAGACCCAUUUUCGAAAAAAUGGAGUCAAAUGUUGCCAGUAAGAGUAUAUUUGGCAACCCGGAAAAUAAUCCAUUCUUACACAAACCUUCUACCACUUCAAAUGAUGGGAAGACUGACGAGGAAGAAGCGAAAUCCACCGUGAAAUCUGUAGCUCCCACUUUUCCAGCUUCCACUUUUAGUUUCGGACAGAGUUCCACCACCAGCAAUAUAACUGCUGGAUUUAGCUUCGGAAGUGCAAAGCCGUUCUCAUUUGCACCACAAACGGUCAAGCCACAAGAUUCUGAGGACAAUGAAAAUAAGGACGAAGAAGAUGAAGAACCGCCGAAGCCAGAUUUUAAACCGGUAACUGAAGAAGGCGCAAUUUAUGAACAAAGAUGUAAGGUCUUCGUGAAGAAAGAUGGCAAUUUCGGUGACAGAGGUGUCGGGAUGCUGUACCUAAAACCGACACCAAAUGGUAAAACGCAGUUAAUAGUACGUGCCGAUACUGCUUUGGGUAAUUUGUUACUUAAUACCCUGUUGACCCAAAGUAUUCCGAUUAAGCGUAUGAAUAAGAACACGAUAAUGUUGGUCUGCUUACCAAUGCCGGACUCUUCGCCGUCACCAGUUCCAGUCCUCUUAAGAGUGAAAACUAGCGAGGCCGCGGAUGAGCUACUUGAAACACUAAAUACACAUAAAAAGUAAAAAGUCGUGCAAGAAAUAAUCGCAAAUAAUUCGCGAAUCUGCAGAAAGCCAUUUCUUUGACCUCAUAUGCAAGAAAAGAAUGCGAAUUCUUGCAGAUCGAGCACUGAAUCUUCCCUUCUAAUGGUUCCCUAUAACAUUACAAUUACUGAAUUGCAUUGAUUUUUAUAGAUAGUGAUUAACUCCAGUACUCGCUAAAACGAGACAAUUUGAUUCAACGAUUACAUGUAUUCUAUAGAUCACUUUUUAGCAAGGAACACAAGUCGGCGGUGGAAACAUUUUUAUAAACCUGCCUUAUAUUCCAAAUCGUUUUUACUUUAAUCUUUAAAAUGUUACACGAGUUUAGAAUUGCAAAUGUAAAAAAAGUUUUUAAUUUGACCACGAAUUUUAGGUCACAUUUAAGACGACUUGGAAUAUAAGAUCAAAUUAUGAUAAUUGCUUCAAAAGUCGAUUUGUAUUUCUUACUGAAGAGCAACUGCAAUUAUCUAUCACGCAGGUACUAAAAGGUUAAAUAUAAAUCUUAAUUCAUACGUAAUGAAAUAUUUGUUCAUUAUUAAAUGUAAAUUUUGCAUCGAACUUUUUUUUUUAUCUUAAAAAAUAUAAAUUUUGCAAUCGCCUAAAAGAAGACUUUAAACACGUUACGAGUAAAUUUGAAAUAAACAGAGGGACUCUAUUAGAAAAAUUUUUCUUCGCUGUUACUUCAUUCGCAAAUACUGUACAAAAGUGUAAUUAAUGUAUCCUCGUCUCCUUAUUAGGUCCUGUCUAGUAAAAGAUAAUAAUUUAGUAGAUUCUGAAAGGAUAUCCCGAUUUAUACAGAUGUGACACUUCGGAAUGAGCGUUGCUAGUGGUUGUAAGCAAUGAUGUAACUGAUACAUUGGAAAUAUAUAUGUACAUAGUAAAAAUACAAUGUAUAUUAUAAAACAGGCAA